CUUACUGCUCUAAAAAGCACCAGACAAUGACCUCAUCCGGCCACCUGGAUCUGGGCAUUUCUGAUCUGGUUAUCCCUGUCCGUCGCAUGCCUUACGGCAUAGCAUACCACUUUCCAUCUUCAACGAAACCUUUUCCAGCAUCGAACUAAUCAUCGCAUAGCCCUAUGGGCUUGGGAAAUCAUUUCAUCCCAUCCUACCCAUUUUAUUUCCUUACCUAUUUUGUCUGGAACAGCAUUGUCAACGCGCGCUGGGGUUGUGGCCCGUGACCCCAUGUAGUGGGAAGCUUCGUGGACCCUCGUCAUGGCUGACGAAAGCUUCGCAUCGGCCUCGACGUCAGCAAACAAUGUCCCCGCCCGGCAAUCCUCUAUAAACGGUAAUGCGCCGCCGGGACAUAGUUUACGUCGAGCUACGACCGUCGGCCAACCCUCCGCUUUACGCCGCCGCUCCACCUUGAAUCCCGGUUCCCCAUCCGGCGAGGAUGGCUUCCCGGACGUUCGAAGGCGUAGCUCUACAUACUCGGAUUUUAGUCUAGGUGAUGCGAGGAGGGAUCUCGAAACAAGUGCGGAUGAACUACUGAACCCGAGCAAGUCAUCAAAAACGACGGAUCAAUCACCCUUCAUCUAUGUCCCACUCACGCUAGCCCUGUUGCCUGCCUUGGCCGGCAUAUUUUUUGAAAAUGGAAGCGCUUUCUUCACCGACUUAAUACUGCUAAGCUUAGCGGCUGUAUUUCUCCACUGGUCCGUCACGCAACCAUGGGACUGGUAUCACUCCGCGCAAGAAGUGCGUAUCAUUAAGGACGAGAUUAUGACGGAAUCGGUAUUUGAGUCUGACAGCGACAUUGAGCCUUUAUCACCAACCACCGAGAGAACAACUCUGGAUAAUGUCCCCGAGGAAACAGAGAAACAGACUGAGCCCGAGGUAGUGACUCAGAAACCAUCUGACCGACGGACUCAACAAUGGAAAGAGAGGCAAGCGGCGGCUCUGAGCGAAUUAUACCUGCACGAAAUAGCUGCUUUGGCUUGGUGUUUCAUCUUUCCUAUGCUAGGAGCCUACCUUUUACACACUAUUCGUGGACAGCUAUCAAGGCCUUCUGAAGGACUGGUAUCCGAUUAUAACCUCACCAUUUUUCUUUGUGCUGCCGAGAUCCGGCCUGUCUCGCACUUAAUCAGAAUGCUUCAAAAUCGUACUUUACGGGUUCAACAAAUUGUAGCGAAGAAUCCCUACGAAAAGCAGACCGUCACAAUGGAGCAGUUACAAGAACUUUCAUCGAGACUGAAUGAGUUAGAAACACGUGGAGUUGCUGGUGAUGCUACAUCGAGCGUCGACAUGCGACUUGAGCCGCCGCAACAAAAAUUGAUCGAGGCAACCGUGGCUCAGGAAUUUCGUAGUAGCGUACAGCCCGAGCUAGAUGCUUUAUCUCGAGCUAUGCGACGAUAUGAAAAGAAGCUCACUUUACUCGCAUGCCAAACCGACAACAGGGUCGAAUAUGUGGAUCAUAGACUCAAUGACGCCAUUGCACUUGCUGCCGUCGCGGCCAAGAAUAGCAACUCUCAAUGGAGCUUUUGGACUUGGUUCAUUAAGAAAACAAUGACGGUAGUCAUGUUACCAGUCCAAGCGUUAGUAGCUGUAUCUACCUUUCCUUUCCGGACAGUGUCGACUCUACUCGGUCGUAAGAGCAGGUCUACGCCUGAAAGGACACACAGGUCUACCCGAACUGGGAAAACGCUUGCUCAGGGCAGAAAUGGCCUUGAUCGUGUUCCUACACGUAUGUCUAGGAGAUGAGAGUAUAGGCGCGUCUGCUUAUCUGUAUGAGAUGAAGGAUAUGAGACGAGGAGUUUAGGUACUUUGGUGAUGGCGGGCUGGCGGGCUUUUCGGUAGGAACGAGCAAGUACGGCACGAUGGCGAUCACAGGAGGCGGGUUAUCAAAAUGGAGUUUUGGUCACCGCUCAACACAACUCGAUGGCGAGAGUUUGUUUAGCUCACAACUCAUUUAGGAACCUUUUUUUACGUAAGGCAAUUAUAGUUACCUAACAUACUGAUUUGAAAUUCCCUCUUUUAAAAUUGUGAAGUUGUAGGCAUUGAUCACAGUGCAUAGACCGGCGGACCGGUCAAGGAUAACUUAAGAAUAUGGGGGAUAUGGGGAUAGGCCAUCGAAUUACAAAAUGUUCCCCUGCAGCCCUGCACAUCUCAUACAUGAAAUAUUGAGAAACACGUCAGAUACCUACUACGAUAUCUGAAUGUCUACGCCUACUUACUCCAACAACGUCAUGAUGCGGGGAAGGUUGUAGCUUUCGUG